AUUACUCCGCACAAAAUCAGCAGAAAACGAGAUACGCACAAUUGGGACUUUGUUUGGACACGAUUCUGGCCUCUUCUGCGGGCAUUUACUCAACAUCGAGGGUAUAGCUGUCGUCGCCAAACCAGCCUCCCUGUACAACCUCAAUUCCACAUUUUGACCACAACAACCGACACAACAUGUCGCAACUCCCAAUGGAACAACCCAUACUCAUACCGAGCAACCUCCCCUCGAUCUUCGACUCCAUCCUCACCCUCCUCCUAACCAUCGUCCUCCCCCUUCUCGCCCUCCACCUCAUCCACCACGACUACCAAUCCUUCCUCCGCCUCGGUCCCGGCGGCACGCCGUCCACCCCAACCGGCUACCUCAAGAUCAAACUCCUCUCCAUCCUCUCCCUCCGCGACCCUCUCCGCCCCCUCCCCAUCCCCCCACACUUCCGCCCACAAACAGGCCACCUCCGCACGCUCCCCAAGCGCCGCGGACCCCGCCCCAUAAUCGCAGGCAUCGCCCCCCAGCGCCAGCAAUCGCAGCGGUCCUCCCCAUCAACAUAUGCCGCGCUGGUCGCCAGACUACGGCUCCUCGCGCAGGAACCGCGAAACAUGCUGUUAGAACGCACGUCGUGCUUCGAGAAGCAUUCGAGCGGGCUGUUCGCGCGGACGCCGAUCACGCGGACGUGCGGAGGCGAGAUAUGCCAUGCGCAUCCGUCGGACGGGAGCAUGCAUCUCACGCUGCAUCCGGCGGACGUGAAGGUGGUGAUUGAGGCUGGGUGGGGGGAACGGCAUCCGUUGGCGAGGGGCGGGUGGUUUAGGAGGUUCGUGCCUAGGGAGUUUGUGCUGGUGUAUGCGCCGAGGGAGGAGGCGGAUCUGGAAGUCUUGAUGGAGGUUGUUGGGGCGGCGGUUUGGUGGGUUAGUGGGCUGGAUGUUAAGGGGAGGGGUGGGGAGGGGGAUGGCGAGGGGGAGAGGAGGAGGGAGGCGGAUGUUGGGGAGAUUAGGAAGGCGAGGGAGGAGAAUGAGUGUUGGAGUUGUAGAGUCCAUGGUUGUGGGCGGAGGACGGUGGAGGGCAUGGUCGAUGAUGCGUGAUUGGUUUGAGGGAAGGGGUAGAGAAUGUGAGAUGAAGUACGGAGAUUUGGCAUGAAUUCAAUUUGACGACUUUUCGAGCGUGGUGUUUGGCGUUUUGGCAUCAGGGAAAUUCGGGCAUGGGAGGAGACACGAUGGUACAUGGUACCAUGUCCAGGAAACAGAUUGUGCAAAAUGGGAUGGG